ACUGACAGUCACGCACAUUUGAAGUCUGUUGUAUGGCUCUCUGGGUUCCUUUUGUGUCACAGUUUGAAUCCAAGAGAUAUAAAUAGCAAAAUGAAUAAAUGAUCGUAAACCGAUCAGUCUUGAACUCGGGUCAUUAAUUUUCUUUGAACGUCUUCAAAUCAAUCUUGCUUCAUCAUGCGCAUAAGGUGCUCGAUGCGGCUCGUUUUUUCGCGAUGGUCACGAAUUUCUCUGAGUCACACUCGUGGUUUGCCGUUGUUUGGCAAACACAUAGGAUAUGAUUUCAAGAUCCUCUAAAUUGCUCGACUGUCUUCCCCAGCUCGUUCUUCGCCGGGGACAGUGAAUGUCGCCAAGUAUAUUCACCAGCAUCCAUGUGAAUAAACGGCAUCCGGUUCGUUCACCGGACUCGAAGCAGGUGGUCGCAGCACAAAAACAGCUGGAUCUUUUCACCGAUCUUUUUUGCUCCCCUGUAAAAUUACAUGAUCGUGCAAUUGUAUUAUCGUCACGAUGAACAUAGCAAAAUCCACCAUCGUACUCUUGGUCUUUGUGCUGAUGUUGUCCAUCUUUGUGGCGAAUGUAGCUGAUCUUAUUAGUGUUGAUUCUCGUCUACCGGACGAGACAUUGGGAGACAAUAAUGGAGAGAUACGGUGGUCCAGGCCGAAGUAUUAUGACAUAGGAAAUUCAUACGAUCACUUAAUAUGGUUUUUACAGAUAUCCGAUAUACACAUAAGUAUCUUUAAAGAUCCAUCUAGGAUAUCAGAAUUAAAAGAAUUUUGUAGUAUGACGGUAGAUUCAAUUAAGCCUGCUGUUGUUCUUGCUUCAGGAGAUUUAACUGAUGCCAAAAAUAUAGAUGAAAUGGGUUCUAAGCAAAUACUCGAAGAAUGGCAAUACUACAAAUAUGUAAUAGAUGAGACUAAAAUCAAAGAAAAAACAUUAUGGUUGGAUGUCAGAGGAAAUCAUGAUAACUUCAAUGUGAUCAAUCUUGAUUCCAAAAAUAAUUAUUAUUCCAAUUAUUCUAUUCAAGGAAAGAAGCAUCCUAGAUCUUAUAUGUAUAAUGUUAAUGCUGGUUCUGAAACAUACUCUUUUAUUGCAAUUGAUGCUUGCUUGAAACCAGGCCCCAGAAGACCAUUUAAUUUUGUUGGUAUUUUAGACCAACAGGAAAUUGAUAAGAUACAACAAUUAGUCAAUCAGUCUAAAGAAAGUAAUGCGGAUCAUGCAAUUGUAUUUGGCCAUUAUCCUACAUCAUGUAUAUUGUCACAAUCUAAUACAAAUAUCAGAAAUAUUUUAGGUAGAUAUCAAAAGAGUAUGGUGUACCUAUGUGGCCAUUAUCACAUGCUGGGUGGCAUGGUACCUAACAUGUAUACAUUACAAAAAGCGGGCUUCCUUGAGCUGGAAUUGGCAGAUUGGAAAGACAACAGAAUGUAUCGCCUCGCGGCAAUAGAUCAUGGCCAGUUCUCAUUCAUUGAUAUAAAGCACAAUGACUGGCCUGUAGCAUUAAUUACCAAUCCAAAAAAUAUGCUAUUUAUGAUGCCACAAAAAGAAAAUUCAAAAUCUAUUAUUACAUCCACGCACAUCAGAAUACUAGCAUUUUCUACGGUUUCAUUGAAAACUGUCGAAAUUCAAUUGGAUCAUGAUGUUUGGCAAAAAUGUGAUCACAUAAAAGGUCCUCUUUAUGUAUUAUCAUGGAAUUCGACAAAGUACAAAGAGGGUAUUCAUCAGAUAACAGUUCGUGUAAUUGACAAAGAGGGUAGAGAAAAAGUUAGAUCACAUUUUUUUUCUCUCGAUGGAUCAUGGUUAUCAUCACGCAUUUUGCCAAAAUUAGUACUGAUGUUCAAUGUCGUUCACAUCUUUCAGUUUUUAUUUGCUGUAACAUUGGCAUUAUCAGUAGUGCCACUGUGCUUACUUCGAUGUCUUCACAUAUAUUACAAAAAUAGAAAUAUGCAUAGACCACGAUUACGUAUCAGAUUUUUUCAUUUGUGGCUUAGAAAAUUGUGGAUAUUAUCCACCAUUGAUAAAGCGUUUUAUGGAAUGGUAUUAUACUCAUUGUAUUUAAGUGUUGGUCCAUGGACUGUGGGAGAAAUAAUCGAAGAUCAUAUAGGUGUGAUCUUUGUAUGGGGAAUAUUCAUUGGAAACAGAUAUCUACCAGGCGGUUUCACUUAUGCCUAUGGGUAUUUUCAAUUAUGUUGUUUCCAUUUACCGCUUAUGCUAAUUAUAGCGCAUCGAGUUGAUCGUAGAUUACAAGAAGCUGAAAAUCCUGCAAGACAAUCCAUAUCGAAAUUUCGUUUAAUUUGGCAAUAUGUUCCAAUUUGCUUGUUAAUCCUCAUACAAUCUGUUAUGGCCUAUUUUUUAUAUCUAGAAUAUGGUAUAAUAGCAAUAUUAUUAUGUCCAUUACGAACUGGGAGUAUUAUCAUAGCAGCACUAUUGUGUUAUUAUGUGAACACAAUGCCAUUCUCACAUUUAAGGUCCGCUGCAUCUGUAUGGUCUCCUCAUGGUGCCAUCAAUAACAAUAAUGCAAUUUAAUUAAUAAGAAUGAUAGAAUUAUGAGGGAAUGUUGGUAAGUUAAUGAUUCAUAUGAUUAUUGCACUUGUGAUUAUUAAAUUUACAAGAAAGUUUUGAAUAGAUUUUCUAUUAUAACAUGCAUUAUUAUAUUUCACACAAAUAGAGAUUGAAAUUAAAAAGCCAAUUAAAAUGAUCACGUAAAAAUAC